UCACAAACAACGUUGCUUCUACUGACCCAUCUAGUCUCAGCUGCCACUGCCUUGUUCAUGUUCCAUUGUCCAUGUCCGUGUUCACCUGGACCAUAUCCUCUCCCUCCCUUCUCUCCCUCCAAGCUCCAGCCUUAACCGUAAUAUCCACUGCCAAUGUCACCACCCACAACCCCCUUCGAAUCUCCACUACCCAAAUGCUCACUUUCUCCAACUUUUUCCCCAAAAUUGUCCUCAAACUACACCCAACUACCUUUCCCUCCAAACCCCAACGACCCGCCCUUUCCUUCAAAACUCUCUGUUCUCACUCCUCCAUCCCACCUGACCCCUCUAAAACCGUAACCCUAAUCUCCCUUCUCCGCGCAAUCCCAGACUGGGCUGAUCGCGUAAAAGAGCGAGGAAUGCAGCGGAAGCGCUCUCUUUACACCCACAAGAAAUGGGUCGAACACAGAAGUUCCCUUCGCCACAUCCGCCACUUACUCUCCAGUCUUCAAUCGCGGGUCAUAUUAUCAUUAAUUCCUCCAGUGAUUGCCUUCACUUCAGUGGCUGCCAUCAUAGCUGUCUAUAAUUCUGUGGUGGAGAUGCAUUUAUUGCCGGGGCUUUUCCCUCUUUUGAGGGCUUCUUCUCUGCCCUAUCAGUUGACAGCUCCGGCAUUGGCGCUGUUGCUGGUGUUUAGGACGGAGGCUUCUUAUUCGAGAUUUGAAGAGGGGAGGAAAGCCUGGACAAAGGUGAUUUCGGGUACAAAUGAUUUUGCCCGGCAUGUGAUGGCUACGGUUGACAAUUCUAAGGAUGCUGCCCUUAAAAAUGCUCUUUUGCAUUAUAUUAUGGCCUUCCCAGUUGCACUUAAGUGCCAUGUGAUUUAUGGUUCAGAUAUUGUCCGAGACCUCAGGAAUUUGGUUGAAGUAGAUGAUCUAGCAGUGGUACUCAAUUCUAGGCAUCGGCCUCGCUGCAUUAUUGAAUUCAUUUCCCAAUGCCUUCAAUUGCUCAACUUAGAGGAAUCACAGAAAAAUCAGCUGGAGUCAAAGAUCUCAUGUUUGCAGGAAGGAAUUGGUGUCUGUGAACAACUCAUGGGAAUUCCCAUUCCACUCUCUUACACUCGCUUGACAUCAAGAUUUCUGGUCCUUUGGCAUCUCACUCUUCCUAUAAUACUUUGGGAUGAUUGCCACUGGAUUGUGGUCCCCGCAACCUUCAUCAGUGCUGCUUCCUUAUUCUGCAUAGAAGAGGUUGGUGUUCUGAUCGAGGAACCAUUUUCAAUGUUAGCCCUUGAUGAGCUUUGCAGUCAAGUUCACAGUAACAUUCAGGAAGCAAUUGGAACUGAGAAAGUCAUCAAAACACAACUUAUUGCAAAAAGAAAGAACUACGCUUGUGAGCACUCAACAAAUGGUCGGCCCAACUCAUAGGACUCUUUAAGCUUUAAAUGCCUGAUUCCAGAACUAAAUGCCAGUUAACUACUGAGAUUUUGUGGAGCUUGCAGUUCUCAUCCUCUCUUAUAAAAGCCUCACAAAGUAGCUGAGGUGAAGCAUUCAAAUAUAUACAGAAAGCAUUCUCCUUGGAGAAAUCUUCUAUCCAAUGUAUGUUCUGUAUAUAGAGCAAUAUCACUGUGGAUGUGCUAGUCGUAUAUAGAAGGAAUCGUCAACGGCAUUUGCAUACGGUGAGGACAGUUGUGGCACUGCAAUGGAUUAUAUUAUACUGUCCGCCUCCCAGUCCUAGGGGAUGAUAGGCUUGGAGGAAUAUGGCUACAAAUCCAUAUUGAAGUGUAAAUCAUACUGCAGUGCGUGUUUCCAAAUUCCUCCACAUAUCUUGUGAAUAUUAAAUAAUAAUGUGUCAUGUAACAUAAACUGAAAAAAUGUUUCUUUUCUUGGUCUUACAGAAAUGAUCCUCUAUAUAUUAUACCAUUUAUUAACAUAUGGUUAUAUUUGUGGAACGUCUAAUGUAACUUCUUCAUAGUUGGGCCAAUAUGGGCUUAGCUUAUAUUAGUCUUAGGGUUUAUUGGAAUUAUUGUUGAGAUUUGAUUUAAAGUUAAAUUAACUUGUUACUGU